GCCCCUAUCAGAUGAACAGUCCUACCCCAGACUGUGGCGGAGAGUGCAUGAAUAAGAAAGUCGGAGCGGAGGCUGGUAGGCACAACGACAUCCAGGGGCUGGGACAGUCAAGGUAGCACUCGACUCCAUCAGUGAAGUCCCUUGAAUCGAGUGAAGGCUUGGCUGUUCAAGGAAGCUGCUCUUCGCUCUCCGCAAUUGUGCACUGUUGCUGUCGCCAAGGAAGCUGGGGUGAAGCGGUGUUCUUGAUAGUGCGGUCUGGCUUGGGCUGGCCUGUUGUGUGUAUGUAAGUGAAGAUAGAGAUGGAUAUGGAGAAGCAAAAAAGUGAGGCUGUAGGAAGAAAAGUAUCCGGCACCAUCAUCUCCCGCGGGAUGGGAGAAGCAAAAGACGCGGAAUGGAACCUGGACAUGGAAUCUAAGAGUCAGGAACAACAGCGGAACGCGGAAACCGGUGCGGUGAACGACUCGCUGAAGAUCGGAGUCAGACCCGCUCGCAGCGAGCGAGCGACUCAGGCACUCUCGUUCUCAGCUUCAGAAGCUUGA